AUGUCAUAUUCUGUUUACCAUAGCCAGUUGACUCUAUCAAGACCUUAUUUGACUAAGGAACAAAUACGCAGAGCACAGAAGAAUACUAUACCAGAUCGUCGAACAUAUAAUCAAAAGCGUAUUUCUAUUUUCAAGUUUUUAUGUGAUAUCUGCGUACAGCUGAGGUUUCCAAGGAAAACUUUAGAGGUUGCAAUGUAUUUUUAUCAACGAUAUUAUGUGUUCAACAAGUUUGAGACUGAGAUGUGUUAUGAUGUAGCAACUAGUUGCCUAUUUAUUGGGUGUAAGCAAGUGGAAACAGUGAAGAAGGUUGCUGAUAUAUGCACCGCAUCACUAAAGUUGAGAAAUAAUUCGAAAAUCACUUCAGAGAAGUUGGACAAUUAUAAGACACGAAUUAUUCAAAUGGAGCUUCGAAUACUUGAAACUUGUGCAUUCGAUCACAGAAUUAAUAAUACAGUGCAUAUUGAUGAAUAUAUUGUCAAAAUUGGACGCGAACUUUCACUGGACUAUAAAGUCUGUCAUCUAGCAUGGCUGAUAGCUUUUGAUGUUAUCAAGCUAGAAAUCCUUUUAAUAGUACCGCAGCAUUCCAUUGCACUUGCCGCUCUGAAGAUCGCAUGUGAACUCAUGGAAAACCAACAAUGGCCUAGUAUAAGGUAUAAUCUAUUCGAAAGUGACGAACUUUCGGUAAAUGAGGCAUACAAUUACGUGAUAAAUUUCUUCAUAAAUGUAUUCGAUCUAUGUGAUUUAAAAAAUAACUACCCAGAGGAUUUGCCAUCGAUAAGCAUUGAAACCUUUAUUAAGCUUAAAGCAAACUCUCCGGAACAAAAGGGUUUAAGGGAAAACCCAUCACUAAUAGAGAAGGACAAGUACCUGACCGAUGAGAAAGAUUACAAAAUAAGGGAGCGGAGAUAUGUUCUCGAUAGAAAAAGAGUUCUGGAAGAAGCGAUGCCAACGGGCCGUAGUGGCGCAAAGAAGUCCAAACAGUAA